CCCCGGGAAUCGUUCUUACAGCUUUAUGUAAAUGCCACCACUGUGCAUUUGUGGUGAGCCAAGACCGGCGGACUUUAUGAGACGAAGGCGCCUAACACCGCUUUCAACGCACGGGCCAUCAAAGACGAAGGAUAGUGCCGUAAAUUUUUUAAAAGCUUCGGCCCUUAUCGGGCGACGCCAUCAGCUGGGCCAGUUUCUUGCUCCAUACCCAAUUAACUCACUGCACCUCGAUCGAGCGCCGAACCACAGCUUUUGCGGGCAAAAAGUCAGGCGUGCAAUCACCGAGCCAUCGAUUCGAUUCGACUCGACUGCUGCUUUUUCCGCUCCUUUUUUGUCUUCUCGUUUCGCCGAACAUGUCCUCCAUCUGGGAUGCCUUAACCGGGCGCAAGCCGUCAUCACAGUCGCCGUCGUCGCCGUCGACAUCACAGCCGAUCACCACGAGCACACCGACGAUAAGCACCGCCAGCCAGCCGAGCCCGUUCGAUUCUUCCCCUUCUUCCCCCCAGGGCGUGGAUGCCUUCCUCGGCAGCUCCUCCUAUGCCGACCCCACACAACUACACCCGCUCGCAGGGCUGAAUAGGGAGACGCUAGACUACAUCUCGCUCGAGGACUCGGCGCUGUCCAACCUGCCGGGCUCCCAGUCGGUGCUGCCGUCGCGCGGCUUCACCGACGACCUCUGUUACGGAACGGGCGUCACGUACCUGUCGGCCCUCACGUUAGGCGGCGCGUGGGGUCUGCAGGAAGGACUGAGGAGGUCGACAGGCCAGCCGCCCAAGCUGCGGCUCAACUCGGUGCUCAACGCCGUCACCCGGCGAGGCCCCUUCCUCGGCAACUCGGCGGGCGUGGUGGCCAUCUGCUACAACCUCAUAAACUCGUACAUUGGCUAUCUCCGGGGGAAGCACGACGCGGCCAACACGAUCUUGGCUGGCGGUCUGAGCGGCAUGUUGUUCAAGAGCACGCGGGGGCUCCGGCCCAUGAUGAUCUCGGGCGGAAUAGUGGCAUCGGUAGCUGGAGUGUGGGCGGUAAGAUUGCUCUUGACCCUCGCCCCAUUUUCUUUGCUUUUUUUAAUUAAAAUUAAACACGAACCUCGCUGACACUUUAUCAAAGGUUGCCCGGCGGACAAUCUUCC